AUGUCAUUUAAGCUACUGGUAAGGACUCAGCAACGUUUCCCCCGUCGCAACUGGUUUGUGCGUACCAGGCAGUACGCCAAACAGCCCCAAUACGAUGAGGCAGACUUGUUUGCAGAAAACAUAAAUCACGGUGCAUAUAAGGCCAAGAAAAGAUCCUGUGACGAGCAAUUCCAAUGGCCUGAGAAGUCUCCAGAUCAAAUCUCAAGGGAGGCUGAACGCCAAUGGGAAAGAAUGGCGAAAUUGUCUGCUGUUGGGCAGGGGAUGCUCAUCCUUCUGGUCGUGGGUGGACUGGGGACCGCCUACUUGCGCUGGCCAGAACUGAAAUCCUGGUGGUUGAUCAAGAUGAAUGGCGGUCGCAUAAACGCAACACAGGAGCAAAACGGUCAAGAUUCGUUGGACAAGCUGGUUAAGAAAAAGGCGAAGGAUUUGCUAAGGGAAAUUCCGCAGGUGCCUUCCUUUCAACCUGGAGUGGGCCAUCCUGGUGUGUACAUAUGGGGCAGGUGCCAUUCCAGAGAUUCCUUAUUCCCCGUUAGAGUACCCAAUCUGGAUAAUCGUAAGUUUAGAGACAUCCUGCUGGCUCCCUCGAAUGAUUUCAACACAAAUUUCGCACUUGACGAGAAGGGUGACCUGGUAGCAUGGGAUGAUUUGGGUCAAACGAAGACGUUGUUGCCAGGCCAAGGCCUGACUUCGAUGAAGUACUCCAACAACUACCUAUACGCAUUAAAUAAAAAAGGUGAAAUACUAAUCAUACCUAUAGGGACUCCCGGUCUAAUUGCCUCCAAACUAUCGUCAAGAAGGUCAAGGCUAUUACCAUGGAAGAUUAGGCAUAAGUAUGAUUGGAAGCUGCCAACAGGUCAAGUUUUCAAUGGUAGAAAGGGAGAGAAUCGUGUGGUGCAGUUUGACACCGGUAGCCACCACCUGGUCCUAUUAUCCAAUUUAGGCAAGGCCUAUUCAUGUGCCACGGGGGAUGAUGGAAAACAAGCUCAAGUAUCGAGAGGACAAUUUGGUAUACCGACGUUUUCACAGUUUGAUGAGUUCCCACCGAAUAAUAAACUAUUCGAAAUCGAAUUAUUGAAUAAAUUUAAACAUGAAGGAGACCACACCAUUCACAGAAGAAAAAUCGAGAGGAUUGCGUGUGGAUCCUACCAUACGCUAGCACUAGACGGCGACGGUGAACUUUAUGCGUUUGGUUGGAACAGGUUUGGCCAGUUGGCGUUGCCCAUAUCAUACAAUUUGGAGUACGUUUCUUUCCCCAGGUCGGUAACGCAUGCAUUCAGACCGCACUUCCCAGGGAUGACGGACUGGAAGUGUGUGGAUAUGCAUUGUGAUGACGAGACGUCGUUUGUGACCAUUUUCAGGCCCGGUCUAACGCCAGACCAUCAUUAUUUUGCAUUCGGCAAUGGACUUUUCGGUGAACUCGGUAAUAACACUUUCAAAAACUCACAGUGUGAGCCAGUAAAAAUUAAAUUGGAUGACAAGAGACUCAUUAAUUGGAGUUGCGGCUCGCACUGUGUGUUUGGUGAAACAGAUCAUCACCAUGAAGUGGUUGUCUGGGGUAAUAACGACCACGGCCAACUGGGUAUAGGAAAGAAAACCAUGAAAUGUGCCAGGCCAAUGAACAUCCCUGAUGUUUUGAAGCCGGGACAAGAUACCACAGAUUUGGACUCGAUUUAUAACAGCAAGUUCCAGCUAAGAAAGGGACAACGUGUCGUCACGAAUGGUAGUAAGAGUUGUAUAUACUGGCAGACUUGA